AUGUUUGGGCUAAGUGGUCGAGGUAGACUGAGUAUAAUUGUCCUCCUGAUCUUGACGGUUACCUGCGUGUUCAUAUUCUGUGAAUAUGUGAUAUAUUACCCUGCGAUUUUGCGAUGCUCGUGGCCAGAAAUGACCGCGAGCAAGGACCCAGCUGCCCCGCUCCGCGCGUUGUUUUUAUCGGACACCCAUCUCUUGGGAGCUGUCAGAGGGCACUGGUUUGACAAGUUGAGGAGAGAAUGGCAGAUGGAGCGCUCCUUUCAGACGGCCCUGCGGCUGCUGAGACCAGAGAUUGUCUUCAUUCUCGGAGAUGUGUUUGAUGAGGGGAAGUGGAGCUCAACUCAGGCAUGGGACGACGACGUCCGGCGUUUUAGGAGGAUCUUCCGUCACCAUAGCGACACGGAGCUGGUGGUCCUCGUCGGGAAUCACGACGUUGGCUUCCAUCACGAGAUGACCCAACACAAGUUGGAACGCUUUGAGAACGUUUUCAACAUCAGCUCGGCGAGGAUACUUACCACACGAGGAGUGAAUUUCCUGCUGGUGAACAGCGUGGCUAUGCAUGGUGACCACUGCCCUAUCUGUCGGUCUGUGGAGAAUGAGCUGCAUAGACUGUCAGAGGCUCUCAACUGCUCUCUUCAGCACUAUCCCCUGUACCGGCCGAGCGAUGCGGAGUGUACUGGUGUGGAUGCGGCUCUUCCUGAGGAACGCUAUCAGCCGUUUGAGGAACGCUACGAUGUUCUGUCCCAGGAUGCCUCCAGAAAGCUGCUGUGGUGGUUCCAGCCUCGGCUGAUCCUGAGUGGCCACACCCACAGCGGCUGUGAGGUUCUACAUGAGAACAAAAUCCCUGAGGUCAGCGUGCCGUCAUUCAGCUGGAGGAAUCGCAACAACCCUAGUUUUAUUCUUGGCUCUAUCUCUCAGACAGACUUUGCGUUGUCGAAGUGUUUCCUGCCUGAGGAGACCAGCGUCAUAGUGAUUUACUGUGGUAGUGCACUCAUCAUGGUUCUUAUAGCCAUCAGUCGACUGACCCUCUUCACUGGCCCUCUACACUUCAGCUCUGUGCUUCUGAGCAAACACAAACCUCUGUGA